AUGGUAAAAGCUAUACCGAAAAAGGGUUCACGUGGACGUAUUAGUUCGCGUAAGAGUAUUCAUAUUCAAGCAAGUUUUAGUAAUACCAUUGUGACUGUUACAGAUGUACGAGGGCGAGUGGUUUCUUGGUCCUCUGCCGGUACUUGUGGCUUCCAAGGUACAAGAAGAGGGACGGCAUUUGCUGCUCAAACCGCGGCGGCAAAUGUUGUUCGUACAGUAGUAGAUCAAGGUAUGCAACGAGCAGAAGUCAUGAUUAAAGGUCCCGGUCUUGGAAGAGACGCAGCAUUACGAGCUAUUCGCAGAAGUGGUAUACUAUUAACUUUCGUACGGGAUGUAACCCCUAUGCCACAUAAUGGCUGUAGACCCCCGAAAAAAAGACGUGUGUAG